AGCAUCUUCAUUCCUGAAUUUUGGAGAAAUCGGUAGGCCCGCGAUAUCUCCCUCCAUGGUCGUCCAGGACCCUCCAUGAGGAGUCUUGCCCACAGUAUAUCGUUAUUAGUUCCAGAGAGUGUAUUAAUCGCACAAAGUACACUACAGAUAAGGCUUGAUUCACGAAACCAACCUGCACUGCUCUUCCGUCACAUCGCACUUUAUCAAUCUCAGUACCUAUAUCUGACGCCAGCAUGGCCAAGCCCCGCCGUGCUCUCGUUUGUUUGUGCUCGCAGCUCGUCAGAUCCGACAUCUCUUAUCGGAUCCGCGCGAGGCUGCACAGACAUGGUCUCGCAUGUGAUAUGAUGGACCUGCUGAUCAACCUGUCCUCCCUUAUCCACCACAGCCCCUCG